ACAAAACCGAAAGUAGGUUAGAUGUGCUGAAAUACGUACCAGGUAAGCGGUCGAGCUUCUUAAGCACGAACAUACGUUUCUCAUCAUCUUUCAGCUUUGUUGAAGAUAUUCAACAUAAAGUACAUCAUUUAUUAUUAUGGCAACAUGCCUGCAAGGUGUAGCUUUGCAAGAUUCAGAUCUGAAAAGUAUCCUUGAAGUUGCCAAGGACUGGGCAUUGGCCAAUGGAAUGGUUUUCAAGCCAAACACUGGUCAAGAUGGUGAUCUUCAGGCUACAUGUGUGCCCUUUACACUCUUUCCAAGUGUUGUCCCCUACUCAGUAUUAGAGCAAGCUUAUCAUUGUCAGACAGACUUCAACACUCUCAUGUACCUUGUGGCACAAGAUGAUUUAUUUCUAGAACAAUCUUUACGGAGUGUAAUAAAAGUGGAUGCAUUUGUGAGAGGCCUGUGGGACAUUUAUAAAAAAGUAAGGGAGGAAGGAAUAACUCAGCCAGUAAGUCUGGAUUUGUUUCGAAAUGAUUUCAUGAUAAACAUGGCCACAGAAAGACCAAUAGAAAAGGGUCUUAUUCCAUCCCUAAGCAGUCUUCAGCUGAAGCAAAUCGAAUUCAAUACCAUCUCAGCCAGCUUUGCUGGUCUGAUUGGAGCUACAUCACGUCUUCACAAGUACACCUUGAAUCUUGCAAGAAAGUCAUAUGCAUCGAAACAGAUGCCAGACAAUGAUCCAGCAUAUGGUAUGGCUGUUGGACUGGUGAAAGCCUGGGAAAUAUAUGCUAAGCCCAGCGCUGUGAUACUUUUCCUGGUGAGCAGUGUGGAAACCAACUCUAUUGAUCAGCGCCAUUUGGAAUUUAAAGUUCAUGACCUUAACCCCAGCAUUCGUGUCAUUCGUCGCACAUUUCUUGAUAUUUAUAGUCGAGCAGAACUUACCAAAGACAUGACUCUGGUUAUAGAUAACACAGAAGUGGCCAUUGUUUACUUCCGAACUGGCUAUAGCGAUGAAAGCUAUCCUAGUGACAAGGAAUGGAAAGCCCGCCUGCUGAUGGAAAGGUCCCGAGCAAUAAAGUGUCCUACAGUUCAGUCUCAGCUGAGUGGCUUCAAGAAGGUGCAACAAGAGCUAGCUCGUCCUGGUGCAGUGGAGAGAUUUAUAUCUGACCCAGCAGCCGUGAACAGGAUUAGGAGCACUUUUGCUGGCCUGUAUACGCUAGACAUGGGUCCAGAAGGAGAUGAAAGUGUCAGAUUAGCAAUUACCUCCCCUAGCCAAUAUGUCCUCAAACCACAGAGAGAAGGAGGAGGCCACAACAUCUAUGGAAAUGAAAUUAAAAUUUUGCUGGAGAAAAUUGGAUCAUCUUCAGAACGAGAAGCAUAUAUUCUCAUGGAGCGAAUUUUUCCUUUAACUGAGAAAAACUAUCUCAUCAAAAGUGGUGUCCCUUUCACACUUUCAGAUGUUGUCAGUGAACUAGGCAUCUAUGGUGUUUACAUUGGGGAUGGAGGGAAAGAAGUCAUCAACACUCAUUGUGGACAUAUGCUAAGGACUAAGCUUCAGGGCAUUAAUGAGGGUGGUAUCGUUGCUGGAUUUGCUGCUCUUGACACACCAUUUGUUGCUGAUGCAUAGCAAUGUACUAUCAUAGAUUUGUGUUACAUUCACUCAGGAAGAUCACAAAUUUUAUCAGAUCUUUUUAGAAUAAUAAUGAUAAUAUAAUGUUAUAUUUUAAUAAAACCUUUCCCCAGCGCAAGCCAGGCAGGUGCAUGAGCAGACUUUUUUUUGGAAACAAGGCUACGCAUGACAGGCUUAGUUUCUUUAUUCUCCAGUGAUUUUUCUGUGUUCUUGUGCAACCUCUCUGUUUCAUGGUACCUGUAGGCAGGCCCAUGCUUAGGGGCAGACGUGCAUGUGCCACACUUUUGAUUAAAGUUAUGGCGAUCAUGGCGUUGAGGGCCCUGCACAUGCUCUAUGCCUCCGGCCCCUUGGUGUUGGGGGGGAGCUAAGAAUGGCCCUGCCUAUAGGUUUCUGUUAGUUGCAUACUUGUCUGCAUAUUUGUUUCACCCUCCAUCCCUCAUAUUCUCUCCAUGUCUUAAGUGCUGAGAACAUGCUUCAUCGUGAGCAAGAUUUUUUUUUUUUUAGGGUAGGCAUCAGAUACACCUUCAUGUGCAUAAUACAAAUAUGCAUACAUGCAGCACAGCAAAUGGGAAUUGAUGUUUAUCCAGUCUUAUUCCAGAAGAAUGAACAUGCACAUUGUCACACAGACAGGUGAACACAAACAGGCAUAUUUAUGAACAGACUUAGUCACUUACACACCUAUGUGAGCAUGCAUUUACAUACAAUAUUUGUAUGCAGAAACAUGCAAAUACUCAUGUCAUAUAUUGUGUCAUCUACAAACUUGAACCUCUAAUCAGUCAUUGUAUUCUUCAUGAUACAGAAGAGAAUUAUGCAAGCAAUGAAGCCUUUUACAGUCAGACCUCGAUAAGUUGAACUUAAAGGGACCCGAAAAAAAAUUCAACUUUCGGAGUUUUCGAGUUAGGGAAAAUGGCAUAAUAGGCGCAGGUAUUUGGCUGGGAACUAACAAUUAAUUCGAUAUAGGGAGGUUUUCGACUUAGGGAAGGUCGACUUACCGAGGUCCGACUGUAUAUGUUAUGGAUGUGCAUGGAGAGGUCAUACUAAGAAGUUGUACUCGUUAUAAAUGAGCAGAGUAUACACUUGCAGCUUUACUAUUGCUUUAUUUUUAUUACUUAAUCCGCCAAAAGAUCUGAUUAACAAAAAAUUAUGAAAAAAAUGGAAUUGUAACCAGAACGUAAAAUGCUGUGAUUGGGUUUCUAAACCAAACUAUGAGAGCUUACUCUUAAUUCAUCUUUACCAUUUAUAAGGAAAUUUUUAAGAAAUAAAGUUAUUUGUCAUAUAAAAA